ACCACGGCAGCAUUUCGCCCAACGGUCUCUUUACGCACCUAUCUCUCCCUCUCGUUUCCUACCCCCUUAUAGAUCUCUUGCCUACCCCUCUUGCAGAUCUCCCCUCGUCGUAUAUCCCACCUCUCCACCUGCCGGCCUUUCACGAACGGUGCAUACACGACACUGGAUGCACGACACCCUCUGCCACCCUCCCCAUCCCUCUUUCUACCCUACGCCUGUACGUGAAGGUGUUUGCCGCCGCGCCGCGUUAGUAUGAGUGCGAUAUGAUGAAUGAACGGCAUUUUAGAGGGACGGAAGUAACGCGCGAAACCACCUAGUCCUUUUGCACCAUCAUGAGUGAUCUAAUGAUCUUGUGCAAAACAUUGUCGAUGAUUGAUAGAAACAAUGUGUUGUCAAGUGUUGCUACUGUUAUUAAUUGUGAGCAAAAUGGAAUUUUUUUUAUCAUCAACUAAGAAGAUACAUCGCCUUUGUCAGAUUAUUGCAAUCUCGAAGAAGCAGAUGCUGUGAAAUGUACCGAAAACAAUGGACUGUAAAAGCACUCGGAAUGGAUUUACAAUAUAAUGACAAUGGGACCAGUGGGUACAAACCUUUCAAAAUGAUCUGUACUUUCUUUCUCUUCAUUCUGCUGCACGAAAGCAUCGCGUUCCACGAGCCGCGCGUUUCCAUGGUGAAUACCUUCCAAGAACACAUAACGCCGGAAAUUGGUCCAUACUUCGACACCACAAUGCCCUCCAGCAUCACUGGCUUGGCCGGGGAUACUGUUCAACUGGAGUGCAGAGUAAAGAAUCUCGGAAAUAGGACGAUUUCGUGGAUAAGACAUCGUGAUAUCCAUUUGCUGACUGUUGGUACUUACACUUAUACGAGCGAUCAGCGUUUCGAGGCGAUGCAAUCCCAUACAGAUGAAUGGAUUCUCAGAAUACGAUAUCCACAGCGAAAGGAUUCUGGUGUCUACGAGUGCCAAAUAUCUACUACUCCGCCCAUCGGUCAUCCUGUUCAUCUUAAUAUAGUCGAACCUGUGACGGAAAUAGCCGGCGGUCCAGAUCUGUACAUCAACAAGGACAGUACGAUAAACUUAACAUGCUACGUGAAAUUCACGCCCGAACCGCCAUCGUCGCUAACUUGGAGUCAUAACUACCAGGCGAUUAACUUCGACUCACCGAGGGGUGGCAUCAGCCUGGUAACGGAAAAAGGGCCCGUGACUUCGAGCCGUUUACUCAUUCAGAAGGCGAGCGAGAGAGACUCCGGCAUUUACACGUGCUCGCCCAAUAACACUCAUUCUAUCAGCGUACUGGUCCACAUAGUCAAUGAAGAACACCCAGCGGCGAUGCAUCACGGCAGCGGCGACAGAAUGGCCGCGACGUUGCUUCCGGUCGUCCUACUUCUUUGGAUGAUAUUCUCGCCGACGCUAUGCACUCCGGGUUGAAUGCGCGCGAACUUAAGCGCGGUCGUCUCUAACUCCUACGAAACUAGCGGGCGAGGGUUCUGUUUCGCGGUUUUGUCUCCCGGAAUUCAGCUCGCUGCGACGCGCAUUCGACACAUCCGUCUUGCGAAAGUAACGCGAAUCUCACCCAUGGUUCGCGUCACGACGUCUUUCCCAUUACAUUGUUAGAGUGUCAGGCUGACGAACAAUAAGACGCAUCCACUAUACGAGAAAUUCAAUUGCUAUGUUGUCGUCUGGAAGACGCAAAAUGAAACGGAUAUAUAAUAUUGGGAUGAAUAUAUCAGUAAAUGAUAGAUCGAUGCGAUUACAAUCGCUAAAUAUAUAUUUCGUUCUAUAUGUGAUCGUGUAAAAAACGAUGUAAUUAUAUUUUUUGAAAAAUGAGUGCGGAAAUCUAGCUUAAUACCUAGAAGGUUAAGAUAUAAAAAUUAAAAAUAAUAUUUGCGAUUAGCAAAAAAAUUGAAUUAUCCAACGAAAUUUCUUAAUCAUUCAUUGAAUCAUACAUUCACUAAUUUUUCUAUCUCGUAAUCAACAGGCAAAUGUUGCUCUACAAUAUUACUUCUCAACACAAUUAGUCAGUUUGCCGAAACUCUCGCGGUACUUUCAAGGCCGUUGUCAUUUUGCGAAAAAGAACAAGAGAAUCUUGCCGCGCUGAGAAAACAAGUACGAAGUCCUUUUUUGGUCCAGCGACGAGUCGCAAGUCCGUUUCCAUUGUCUGGAAUCUUUCUCCACUUUGUAAAAUAAAAAUCGUUUGCGACGAAAGAACAUUUUCCUAAAGGCGGAGAAUAGCCAUACUAAUAUAACGCUUGACCUAAAAACGAUCCAACAAACACAUUUCUGAAAUGAUAUUUGCGAGGGAAGGAAACAACAACGAGAAACUUGCACUAAUCCAAGAAAAUUCGCCUUACGCGGAUAUUUUCCGAUAUUAAGCAAAUCUAAAGAAAACCUCUCUUACCGCGCGCAAUGUUUCACAAUGAAUUUUGACAACUGAAAAAUAAAAACGAUUCGGGCAAUUAGACGAACGCAACAUCAUCACGCAAAAUUGCGUGAUAAUACGCGAUGAGUUUAUUAAUGUAUCAAAUGGAAGGAACACACGCACGCACACCAAACGCAAUAUCUCGGAGAUAUUUCAUUUAUAAUAAAAUUUAUCAUCGAGCGUCUACCAUUUCUACUUAACAGCCUUGAACACGAACGUCGCGUUUCCGUUAUUGCAGUUAUUCAAUUAUUGAAUGCACGCGGUAACCUGAACGUUCCACCCAUUGCGACUGUCAACAAUGUCUCGGGCUGUGGACUAGUCUCGGGUAUAUAUCUCGAUGUAAUCUUGUUAUCGGAUUAUUGAUUGUCGCGCAUGAGACGAGCUGGAGGCUUUUAUGCAAAGAGAAUUAUUAAUUAUAAAUAUAUAUAUACAUCUAAAAAAAUCUGUUAUGCUGCGUUAUGAGAGUAUUCUAAAAUUUGAAAUAUUGUAUAAGAUGUGAUAGAAAUGUAACGCAGGGAUAAAAACACGUGAAUUAUUUUAACGAAGACAAACGAAGUUAAAGUAUUAUAUAUCAACAUCAUCACUUACGUGGAUAUGCGCGAAUAUCGGAAAUAUUUAUUGCGAAAAUUUGUUUACUGCUUUUUAUUUGUUUUGAUUUCCUUUAGCAAACUCUCUCUCUUUCUUUUUUUCUCUUUCUUUCUCUCCUUGGUUUUAUUCGAAAUUUUUUAAACAUUAUAUCAAAAAUUUAAUAAAUAUAAUAUUUUAUGAUCCUAAAUUAAGUUACAACAUAAAAAUUGUACUAUAUAAGUGUGUUACUUCAAAAGCUACUUACUUAAAAAAUUGAACCUUGGAAUAUAAUAAAAGAGAAAGAGAGAAAAAACAAUUUAACACACUAUGUAUACUGCAUUAUAUGGCGAAUGGACGCUGCAUUUGCGCUUUGUACACAUCAAACGAGAAAACUCAUUCAACUUCGGAAAUAAGGAUUGAGGCGGAAAGAGACGUAUUUCGGCGGAAAGAGAGAGUACGAUUUUCAUACAGGUACGUAAAUAUAACGGGCUUUCCCGAGCUCGCGGCGGCGCAACUUAUCUAUAAAAAAAGGGAAGGUUUAUUCGCCAAACUUAUAAUGGCCCGACUUCGAGACGGAUUUUGUCCUUGUUAUGGUUAUCGGUAGAAACGUAUUGUUCAAAAGUGCAUUAGCUCUCGGAGAUUCGAACACGAUGCGCCGAGACGAUCCCGAGACUAUUUCGCUUUCCGCAGUAAAGGGAACUUCAUUGAAUCUUGGCGUGAGCAUGGCAGUAUUAUUGCACCGGAAAUGUACCUCGCUUCUUCAGGACCACUCGCGUGAACGCUAAAACGGCUUCAAUAUGCCCGAUCCUUGUCGCUAUUAGCGUCCAAGAUCAGAUUUUUCUUCUGUCAAUGGGACCAUGUAAUCGGAGUAGAUUUUGGUCCAAUCGCAAAUAAUUCGCGUUAGCAAUUGACGCCGAUGUAUAGACGAAACGGACGGUCCUAUAAUUGCUGUAUAUACUGACAAUGAGUUAGAAAUGUAAUAUUAUAAGAAUGCAUCGGUAUCAGUCUUUUAUCUAUAACUUAUAAUGAUACCGAAAUUCGUAUAUUUCCAGGAUCUCACGUGCAAUGUGUGUAUAUGUUUUUUAUAGAUGCUAAUAUAUGUAUGCGGCUAAAUAGAUAAGGCGAAAAAAUUAAAAAAGCGUAGAUUAAGUGUUACUUAUAACGUUUUUCUGGAUCGAAAUCUUUUUCAUAAACCUGUACAUUUUCGCUGACUUAACGGACAGCGUCGAAAAUUUUAAUUUGCACGCAUCUAAUAAAAAAAUGAGAAAAAUUGACUCUAAAGUAUAAACGCGAAUAAAAGACCUACAUAUAUAUUAGUUAUAUAAA